CAGGCUAAAGUUUUCCACCAGGCCUGUGGGGAGAUGGGCGGGGCCUCCUUUUAGGCUGGGCUCCAGUUUCCAUGGAAACCCACAGGCUUCCCACCCCAACGCCGCCUGGGCAAGCUCCCAGCCCAGGCCUCAUCCCACACCAGCUUCUCCCCUGGACUACUGGCGCUCCGGCCUCAGCCUCUCCAGGUCCCCUACCUCUACCCCCACCAUAUCUAUCCCUAUUCCUGAGCCUCUCUUCAUCCCUAAACUUUAGUUUCUCAGUAAACAGGCUUCCUGAGCUCCUGCCUCUCUCAGGCCUUUCUAAUCUCCUCACCAGCUCUAAGGCCUGGCAGGCCUCCCACAGACCAACAAACAGCAGCAGACCUCCUAAACCACUCCACUUUCUUUUUCUCCCUGCCCCCACUCCAUGCAUGGAGAAUCCAGGACUAGUUGUGCAUGGGCAGACUUCUUCCUUUUCCACAGCUCUUCGAAGUCUUGUCAACAACCCCCAGUACAGUGAUGUUUGCUUUGUGGUCGGUCAAGAACGGCAGGAGGUAUUUGCCCACCGGUGCCUGUUGGCCUGUAGAUGCAACUUCUUCCAGCGACUGCUGGGCACAGAGCUGGGCCCCGGGGUGCCUAGUCCUGUGGUGCUAAGCACUGUGCCAGCUGAGGCCUUCUUGGCAGUGCUGGAGUUCCUGUAUACCAACAGUGUCAAGCUGCACCGCCACUCUGUGCUGGAGGUGUUGACGGCAGCUGUGGAGUAUGGGCUAGAAGAACUGCGAGAGCUGUGUCUGGAGUUUGUGGUGAAGGUGCUGGACGUGGAAUUGGUUUGUGAGGCUCUGCAGGUGGCCGUAACCUUUGGCCUGGGGCCGCUGCAGGAGCGGUGCAUAGCUUUCAUAGAGGCCCACAGCCAGGAGGCGCUCCGGACUCGUGGCUUCCUGGAGCUGUCGGCCGCUGCGCUGCUUCCCCUGCUGCGCAGCGACAAGCUCUGCGUGGACGAGGUCGAGCUGGUCCGGGCAGCCCGGAGCUGGGCGCGCGUGGGCGCGGCGGUGCUGGAGCGGCCUGUGGCCGAGCUGGCGGCCCCGGUAGUGCGAGAGCUGAGGUUGGCCUUGCUGGCCCCGGCGGAGCUGAGCGCCCUGGAAGAGCAGAACCGGCGGGAGCCGUUCAUCCCGGUGGAGCAGAUUGUGGAGGCGUGGAAGUGUCAUGCCCUGCGGAGAGGGGAUGCCGCCCUGGGAGCACUGUGCCGCCGACGGAGGGGGACCCUGCCCCGGGAGCACCACCGCUUUCUGGACCUGCCCUUCAAGUAACUCAAGGCCGUGACUAGAGAGGAAUUCCUGGCCUGCUCAAAACUGCAGCUCCCAACGUGCUCUGCGGUUGGAGCGGGCUUCCGCUCCCAGCAUGCCGCGCCUUCCGGGAGCCGGAAGGCUUGUUCUCGGGUGCCGCGCCCUGUGCGAGACGACCGGCCUAGGGCGGGGCUGUGAGAAGAGUGCUGGUCCAGUGCCUUCUCGCGAUGGCGAAAUCCAAAAGUGAGGGUUUCUUUCACUCCACGGCGGGGCACUCUCGUGCGCAGGUGUACUCUGAUUGCUCCCACGUGUCUAUUAGGUCCAGCCUCCUCUUUAAUAAUAGCUCUUCCUCCUGGAGAUCGUUCCUUGAGUGCCCCACAGACACCUCAGUGCACAAUCGAGCUCUCCGUCUUUCCCCCAGCUCUGUCCCGGUUCUGUUUCUCAUUUCCGUGAACGCCCACGCCGGAAACUUGGACGUCAUCCUUGCCCCAUCCCUCUCCCUCGCACUUGCCUCAGGUCUUUCUACUUCUUAAAAGAUCUUUCCAGAUGUUUCAGUCUUUAGCCUAUCCUGCCUAUCACGUCUUAUAACCCUUCUUGUCUUCACCCCUCAAUCGAUUUCCCACAUGCAGUCAGCCCUAUCAGAUUGUCAAGUCGACUUCCCUUAAGUCCCUCAACAUCCCUAAUACACUCGCUGGGCGUUCAAAAUAUUGUGGUUUCUGAGCAUUUAGCAACUCUUCUUUCAUCCCUGCUUUUGCAAAAAUUCUCCCCUGGGAGGUACUCAGGAUUUGCUCCCUUGUUGUUGAGGUUUCCACUUUUCACCUCUUUCAUCUUACAUCUUGUCUUCCUGUGGACCUGAAUCUCCCUGAAGAAAGAUCCCUGAGGCCUGGAGUAGUGCCUUAUUCGUUUUUUUUUCAUCAGUCUCAGUCACAUAAUCAGUGUUUGGUAAAUGCUAAGUGAAUGACUUCAUUUCCCUAUUUAUUCCAUAAAGAGUCCUCCUAACUUCCAGCACUGGGGACUAAACCCUGGAGCGCUCUACCUACCACUGAGCUACAUUCUUAACUUUUUUUUUUUUUUUUUUUUUGAGACAAGGUCUUGCUAAUUUGCCUUGCUGGUCAGGAACUCCCCAACAGUCCUUCUAAUUUUAGAGACUGCUCAGCAGCUGGGACAACAGAUGUAGGCCUUCACACUGGGCAAAAAGUUUUAAAGAAGUUGUAAAACAAGAUAUCAUCAAUCUAUGGGGCUGGGAAUGUGGCUCAAGCGGUAACGUGCUCGCCUGGCCUGCGCGGGGCACUGGGUUCGAUC